AUGGUUGAACAACUUGAUCCGAGGUACCAGUUACCAUCACGCACUUAUUUCGCUGAAACUGUCAUACCUAACAUGUACCAGGAAUGUCGUGCUGACGUUAUUUCCAGUCUCAAGGAUGUCCCAGUAGCACUCACGACUGAUGGAUGGACAAGUAGAGCAACCCAGUCUUAUGUUACUAUAACAACUUCUCACAUCACUGAAGACUGGAACCUGAAGUCAUUCGUACUUCAAACAAGAGAAUUGCCAGAGAGCCAUACAGGUGUAAACAUUGCUCAAGUUUUAACUGACGCAAUUUCUGAAUGGGGCCUUAACAAGAACCCUCCUUUGGUCACUGAGGUACACUCCUUUGGUCACAAAUAUGGAAGUUGUAUUCCUCAUAUUGGAUGCUACGCUCAUACACUCAACUUGGCAGCGCAGAGGGGCCUUAAGGUGAAUUCUGUGUCACGAAUUCUUGCUCGUGUACGGCGCGUCGUAUCCUUUUUUCACCGGAGUACGACUGCUGCAGCUUUGCUUAAAGAGAAAACCAAACAGCAAGGACUUAAAAAUGUUAAGUUACUUCAAGAUGUACCUACACGUUGGAAUUCUGCAUGUGAUAUGCUGGAGAGGUUUCUUGAACUGCAGCCCGCAUUCUAUGCCGCACUAGUGGCUAAAGAAAUCCGUAGCAAUGUGAAUGACAUAUCAACAUUAUCUGAGGCAGAUAUCACGAUAGCAGAGGACAUUGUGUCGUGCCUUCUUCCACUGAAAGCAAUUACUACUGUAUUGUGCACAGAGAAGAUGCCUACUGUAUCAAUCAUUCUUCCACUCCAGAGGAAAUUGUUGACAAGUGUCUUGGUGUCUACAGAGAUGGAUUCUGAUGUUUUUAAACAGAUGAAGAAGGCCAUGGCUUCUGAUUUGGAAAGCAGGUAUAGCAAUAAGCAGGAGUUUCUGCAAGAGUGUACUGCACUGGAUCCCCGCUUUAAAGUGUCAUGUGUGAAUGCAGAGCAGCAACAUGAGGUGUACCACAUACAUGCAGUUGAAGCAGCUAAUAUGAAACUACGACUUGUGUCUGUGAAGGUGGAACCAACCACAUCAACCACAACAGUUGCUGAUGACCUACCUGCAUUGCCAGUCAUGCUACCAGAUAUGGAAUCAGCUGAUGCACAGUCUGAUGUCAAACCAGUUGAUGAUGUCACUACAACCUCGACAAAGAUCACAAGUGACUCACUACUCAGUCUAGUUGUGCCAGUGGUGGUUUAGCCUCCAUUUUAGGUGAUGUUGUUUUCAUAAAGGAGGAGAUGUUACCCAAGAAAUCCAACUUGGAACAGGCAAUAUUCGAAAUUGAUGUCUUCAAAGGUCACGCGCUUAUACCGAUGUCAGAAGACCCAUUGGUAUGGUGGAAAGAACACCACUGGCAGUUUCCUCUUCUCUCACAGUUAGCCAGGAAACGGUUGUGUAUUCCAGCCACAUCAGUACCAUCAGAACGCGUGUUCAGUACAGCUGGGGACAUUGUCACAGCACAGAGGGCCGCACUCAAUGUCGUUCCCUUUCAAGUAGUUUAAGAGCGCUUCAAUGCAACUAGGUAUUAUGAAAUGGUUAGAUCGUAACAGUCUGUGUUUCUCCUUUUUGUUAACUGAUCUAUCGACCAGUUGACGAAUGAUCACUCUGUAGCGAUACAGACGUUUUUGUACACUGUCCGAGAUUGAAAUGUUACCACGUAGAAUGUUGUAGAUCACUUCAAUUAACGCCUUGAACUGUUCGGGUGAUGCGUGGAUCAACAGCGCACGUCUCUGUUUGAUGCAUGCAUCUUUGAGAAGUGUCAGGUAGCUCAAAUUGUUGCUAAUUAAGUCUGUCAUAAUUUACAACAUAAUCGGAUCUCCUUACUAUAAAAUAGUACGGACCACCCCAACAAUCUGGAAUGUCAACACCACGUGCAACAAAACGUUUAAGAGUCAAUAGCUUCAGACUUGCUUUUAUACCACUGCGAACCCUCCGAUAAUACUCUGUCUGGUUUACCACGUGGGUAUUCCACAAUAAUCCAAGAGUACUGCUUGAACAUGUCGUAUGCAAUCGCACUAAUGAGCAUUAUCGUACACAACACUGGUUUUAUAUUAGUCUUUAGGAAGAUAGACAGUACACAGUUCUCCAGGUAAAAUACCAGUACGUAGUCGUCCAUAUUCGGGAUUACUGUAUGGAGCCACAUCCACUAACAUAUAUCCAUAUUUUCUUGAUUGCACGGCAUCUUGAUAUGCCUCGGUAAAGUACUUAGACUGACCAGGAAAUAUCUGUGAAGCAAAAAUCUUAUAUUCAUGCGCUGAUCGCGCAUUAGCCAUUAACACAAACAAAUGGGUAUUUAAACUCAUGGUGCGAGAACACUUUCCUUUAGGGUAAAGACUUUGUUGUAAACUAAUGCAUGUAAUACCCAAAUGAUGUGAAAGAGUAGAAUAAACUUUCAACAUGAG